AUCAUGCCAUGGGUGGAGCAUUGUCCACUGCUGCGCUUGCUUGGCUGGCCGUUGCUCAGUCGCCUUCUCCCCCACGGCGAUAUUCGGAGGUACAGUUGCCCCCUGAGAAAGUUCAUGGCGUGAUCCCAGGUGACGCCAAGUUUUCCAACCUCCUUGGGCUGCAGCAAGGCUGUGCCAGCACGGGAUUUCAGAUGGCCUCCGAUGGCCACGUGUCCUUGGAAGACUUCCGUCUCAGCACUCUGGAGUUUUACGGCACUGGCGUCCCCCUGCUUUCCAGCUACCAAUGGAUUGAAGCCAUCCUUGAGAGAAAACGCCAAGUGGCAGCGGUGUGUCCGCCUGCAGUACUACAGGCAAUGUUGUUGCAAAGUGAACGCUUCAUGGUUCAGAUCUACAGUUUUUCCGUGGAGUCCUCCAAUAACCACGCCGUGUUGUUCAGCGAAGCCAGCGCCUUGAACUUGGAGUUCAAUGCCUUGCAACAGUGGAUGCACCAACACCUGGAUCAGGAUCAGGACGGAGAGACUGUGGACGACCUUUGGCCCUUGCGUGUUGGCUGGCGGCGCGUGCAACGUUACUACGACCUGUUGUGGCAAGAUGUCUAUGAUUCCGAGGAAACCUGGGAAAUCAUGGAAAGCCCUGGCGAAAUUUCGGAUGAGUUAUAUCACGAAGCUUUCAACGAAGUGGCGGAUGUCCUGGACACUUUAUCUGUCCAACAUGGGACCCUGUCGGAAUGGUGGCCAUGUCGUGGUACCUUAAUCGCCCUGAUGCGACAUGGUGCUCGUUCGGGUGAACUGGUGAAUGGUGUAGAUGUGGUGGAACGGGAUAUCGAUCUGAUGGUGGGACUGGUUGGGACAUCGGAAGAUCAGUGGCAUUUCUUGGGCCGAGCCAUUGAACUGGAGCUGUUGCAGAAGGGCUGGGACCGCUGUUGGACCAAACAAUCUGCAUCCGAAGCCUCUGGGAUGCAGCAACAAACACGGAAAGAUUUGUUAUAUUGCGUACGGAUGCGACCUGCCUACAUGAUGUUAGACAUCACUUCCUACAUCUCUGGCCCGGAGUAUGUCUACAUUCACCGCAUCUGUGAUGCUUCCGAUGCUUCCUGUUUCGUGCCAGCUGUGGGUCCCCUGCAACAGGCGAAUGGCCUGCUGCCCCGGUCGGCCAUCCAUCCCCUGCAGCGCUGCUUAGCCAAGGAUCGCCCCGUGCCCUGUCCACAUCGACCACUGGAGACUAUCAAAGCCAUGAGUCACAGCGGAUUAAGCCCAAACUGCAUCGCCCUCCCCGACAAACCUCUUCAACCUCUUCAACGUCAACUAAUCGCUGAAAAUGCUGGAAGAAUGCCUGGAAAAGUUGGUGAGAUGGCCCAGAUGGCUGGAACUACAGGAAUCAUCCAACCGGAGGAUGUGCGACUCUUACGCCAGCGCUCCGCUGACUUGGAUCGGAAGGGUUUUCUGUCGAUGACGCCCUACUUUGGCAACUGUGCCGAUGCCGCUACAAAUGCUGCCAACCUUGCCGCCGACAGGGUACGGUGCUUAGCAGUGCUUAGCGUGCUUAGCUGCUUCGUGGUAUGGGCAGUGAUCUACGGUCCAAGGUCGUCCAAGGUGCAGAGGCGAGUGUUGAAGCAUAGCAAUGGACUGUGCGUCCGGCCAGCGCUGGAGGGAGCUUCUUGGCACCUCGGCCCUACUCAACUCUUGAAAUUUGGCCUCGCAAUGCCGGCAUUUGCAGAUGCAAACCGCUACUGGCUCACAGCUCACGCCAAGCUGUUGGUCCUUUCGGACUGCGGCGUCAUGGACAACGUGGUCCACAUCUCCGUAGGGGACGAGGUCCAGUUGCACGUGGGCAGUGCCUGCGCCGUGCCGGAGGGAAAGCAGAUUGCGGUGCCGGUCAGCGCGGUGCCCUGCAAUCAGCGGGAGGCUUCGUACCGCAAAGUCACCGUGGGCACGGACCUCUUUCUGCUGGAGUGCUUAGCCCCAGAGGGAAUUGAUGCGGACUCCAAGCCCAGCGAUGGCACCCGGUUGGUGUUAGGCGACUGCCAAGGAGAGUCGCGGUAUUUCCAGACUUCAGAGGCUCAAACCACGUUUCUGGGGGUCAAAGAGGAUUCUGUGGUUGCGCGGAUGCAGGAGACUUCCGAAGCUCAGCCCGCAUCCACAUUAUCCAGCAACACCUUGGUUCACAUCAGUGGCCUUUGCGUGACAGCGCAGGAUGAGGUCACAGGAGAGGAUUCCACGGUGUUGAUGUUGCAAGACUGUGAAGAUGACCCGGCCAAGAACAUCCAGUUCGAGCCAUCCGGCGAUGCUUUUCGCUUUCAGCUAGGCCGGCAAUGCGGCCACGCCGAGGACGGCCCGGACGCGUCCAAUGAGCCUCGGAUCGCCUUCCCCGCGGACUGCACCGCCAGCAGGCACCACUUCAAAUAUCGAAAGAUGGCGGAAGACAAACUUCUCCCUGGCUUCGUGAUCCAGUCAGUGGACAGCCCCGUAGAGUACUGCAUUCAUCCCUAUGGGGGUAGCAAUAAGCCACCUGUGGGAACGGAGCUCAUCAACCACAGGGAAUGCGAAGUAGGUCGCGACGCCCUCAGAUUUCGUGCAGGCGACCCAGCCGAGUUGGCCAAAGAGGAGCCAAAAGCCAAGAAACCCAUGGGCAACCCGCUGAUCCCGGUGCCACAACAGGAGCCUUGUUCUUACUAUGGCGAGGGUAGGUCGCAAAGUUCACGACCUGGGAAGCCAUGUAUUCCGCCACCGUCUUUCUGGCCGUAUAAAGGAGUCACUGAGUGGAAAACCCACCUGGGGCAGCGUACAUUGGCGGCUGUGACGCCUCCCAUUGAGCUCACAGAGCGGCGCUGCGGAAGUUUCUAUUUGCUUGGUGAUCAGACUUGGUGUAUGAAGGCCUUUGAUGGUAGCCAUGGCUAUGGCAUCAUUGGCUUAUCCUUCGGCAUCGAAGAGCGUGACAUUUGGGGCGAGCUGGUCACACAAAAAUUCAAGAUCCCCGUGAAGCUCUACGACUGUUUCAUUCCACCAGAGAGAUCACCACCCAUCUCCAAGACAGCGCCCAACAACACGGUUUGUCCAAAGAACCAUUUGGGUGAACCCAAAUUGGAUGGCAUUUGUUACGGCGCUGCCUACGAUUCCUUCCGGGUAUGUCUUGCAGGGCAGGAGGUAACGGUGGCUGGCCGCAAAUACAAUACUCUAGAGGCACAGCUGAAAGGUUUCCCAAAGUUGUCCGUUCAUCUGAAAAUCGAUGUGGAAGGGUCUGAAUGGGAUGUCCUGGAAUGGCUGGUGGCAAAUCCAGAUGAAUGGGACAAGAUCAGGACCCUGGACAUGGAGAUCCACUUCGGCUUUGGAAGCGCUGCAGUCCUUGAGAAAUACAAGGAUCUGACCAUCAGAGAACAGUUGGAACGCGAGGUGAAAAUCAUGGAAAGUUUGCUGAGCCGCUUCUAUUGCACAGGAUCGACUUUGGAAGUCUACCGGCAAGGAUGGUCACCAGAAGACAAUUGUGGGAUGGAACCUUGCGGGGAGCCCCCGAUCUAUUUGGCCAACGGCUUUUCGGUGACCGCCUUCGCUGUGAGCUACGUCCACAAAGAAUUGGUGGAUUGAGCGUGGCCAAUGGACAUGCAGAAGACC